CCCCUCCUCUUGAAUUCACAUCCUAUAUAUGGCUGUUUGAUCUACAGCUUCUUAAGACCACCACCAUCAAAGCAGCAACGAAUAAUUAUCGUCGCCCUUCAUCCACAUCUUAUUGACCAGCUUCAAUCCUCCCGCAAAUCAUUUUCUUUAAAAAAUCUUUGUGAGUACUCUGCAGUUUCCCAUUCAACAAUGAGCUAUAAGGUCUCCUUUCCAUCCAGAUCCAAUGGUGGUUAUACAGAAAGUGGCCUUGUUCCUCGACCUCAUGGUUCAACAUCUACUAGCCAUCCAAUCCGACGUAGCAGAGUUAAUGCCCACAACCCAUCCACAUCUAAGAGCAAUGUCAUUAAGGAAGCAAUGAAUAACCCGAAUCCUAGCCUUCAUUACUUAUCCAACGGACCUCAAGUCCAACCAAUGAGAAAUAUGGGGAUCACCAGGGCUAAUAGUUACCUCAAGGUAUCUUCCUUCGAUCCUUCCUUAUGGUCAAAUAUCCCUUCACUCCAAUCCAUGGAAGGGAACUUCACAGGGGCAGAUGCGAGUCUUGAGGUUUACUUUAAAUCCACAUCUAUAGUCAAAGGCAGUUCACAUGGAGAAAGUGGCGCUGAAAUGAGUUGUAAUGCUACUUUUCAAAAUUCUUUAAUAUCUACUGGCGUCCAGUCCAAUAAAACUUAUUCAGUGCCCACAUUAGACAGUUCAUAUAGAGAAAGUGAUCUUAUAGGGGCAAAAAUGAGUUGUGAUACUCCUCUUCAAAAUUCUUUACUAUAUACUAGCGUCCAGUCCAUCAAGACUUAUCCAGUGCCCAUAUUAAAUAGUUCACAUAGAGAAAGUGACCUUACAGGGGCAGAAAUGAGUUGUGAUACUCCUCUCCGAAAUUAUUUACUACAUGCUGGCGUCCAGUCCAUCAAGACCUAUCCAGUGCCCAUAUUAGACAGUUCACAUAGAGAAGGUGACCUUACAGGGGCAGAAAUGAGUUGUGAUACUCCUCUCCGAAAUUAUUUACUAUAUGCUGGCGUCCAGUCCAUCAAGACUUAUCCAGUGCCUAUAUUAGGCAGUUCACACAGAGAAAGUGACCUUAUAGGGGCAGAAAUGAGUUGUGAUACUCCUUUCCGAAAUUAUUUACUAUAUGCUGACGUCCAGUCUAUUAAGACUUAUCCAGUGCCCAUAUUAGGCAGUUCACAUAGAGAAAGUGAUUUUAUAGGGGCAAAAAUGAGUUGUGAUACUCCUCUCCGAAAUUAUUUACUACAUGCUGGCGUCCAGUCCAUCAAGACCUAUCCAGUGCCCAUAUUAGACAGUUCACAUAGAGAAGGUGACCUUACAGGGGCAGAAAUGAGUUGUGAUACUCCUCUCCGAAAUUAUUUACUACAUGCUGGCGUCCAGUCCAUCAAGACCUAUCCAGUGCCCAUAUUAGACAGUUCACAUAGAGAAGGUGACCUUACAGGGGCAGAAAUGAGUUGUGAUACUCCUCUCCGAAAUUAUUUACUACAUGCUGGCGUCCAGUCCAUCAAGACCUAUCCAGUGCCCAUAUUAGACAGUUCACAUAGAGAAGGUGACCUUACAGGGGCAGAAAUGAGUUGUGAUACUCCUCUCCGAAAUUAUUUACUACAUGCUGGCGUCCAGUCCAUCAAGACCUAUCCAGUGCCCAUAUUAGACAGUUCACAUAGAGAAGGUGACCUUACAGGGGCAGAAAUGAGUUGUGAUACUCCUCUCCGAAAUUAUUUACUACAUGCUGGCGUCCAGUCCAUCAAGACCUAUCCAGUGCCCAUAUUAGACAGUUCACAUAGAGAAGGUGACCUUACAGGGGCAGAAAUGAGUUGUGAUACUCCUCUCCGAAAUUAUUUACUAUAUGCUGGCGUCCAGUCCAUCAAGACUUAUCCAGUGCCUAUAUUAGGCAGUUCACACAGAGAAAGUGACCUUAUAGGGGCAGAAAUGAGUUGUGAUACUCCUUUCCGAAAUUAUUUACUAUAUGCUGACGUCCAGUCUAUUAAGACUUAUCCAGUGCCCAUAUUAGGCAGUUCACAUAGAGAAAGUGAUUUUAUAGGGGCAAAAAUGAGUUGUGAUACUCCUCUUUAAAAUUCUUUACUAUAUGCUAGCAUCCAGUCCAUUAAGACUUAUCCAGUGCCCAUAUUAGAUAGUUCACAUAAAGAAAGUGACCUUACAGGGGCAGAAAUGAGUUGUGAUACUCCUCUCUAAAAUUAUUUACUAUAUAUGCUGACGUCCAGUCUAUCAAGACUUAUCCAGUGCCUAUAUUAGGCAAUUUACAUAGAGAAAGUGACCUUACAAUGGCACAAAUAAGUUGUGAUAUUCCUCUCUGAUAUUCUUUGCUAUAUAUUGACGCCUAGUUCAUCAAGACUUAUUUAGUGCCCACAGUCGGCAGUUCACAUACAAAAAAUGGUCUUACAUGGGCAAAAAUGAGUUGUUACACUCCUCUCCGCAAUUCUUCAAUAUUUGUUGGCAUCCAGUCCAUCAGGGUUUAUCCGGUGCACAUAGUCCGUCCUAGUUUAAAAGCCAUGUCAUUAAGGAAGCAAUGAAAAUGAAGCUUUUUCUCUUAUAAAGGAAUUGUGCUAUCUAACGCGAGAAGGCGUUGAAAAAUAUAUGAAUACUGGUGAGGAUAGGGAUUUCGAGAUUUUUGCUUAGUAUGGAGGAUGGUGGUGGGAAAAGUUGGGAGUAGCUAAUAUAUAAGUCUCUAGGGUUCUUAUUAGUUGCGAAAAAAAUAAAUGAUGGAGAUGUAUUCAAAGGUGAAA